GGGGGAUGAAAAAGUUAGGGAACUGUUAGUAGUUGAGUGGUAAUAAAUGAGAAAGCAAAAGGGGUUGGUUUUAAUGAAGUAUGGAGAGAGAUAUAAAUAGAUGUGUGGAUGUGGUUUAAGUUUUUCAUCCAUUCUGUGAAUUAUUAUAUUCCUCGUUGCCCUCCACCUGCAAGAUGGCAAGUGGUUGGAAGAGAGUGGCUUUGUUAUCUUUGUUGUGUUUUCAAGUUAUUGUGUACAAUGUGGUUGCCAAGGAAGAUGGAAAGGAAGAGAAGUUUCUAUUCUUUGGUAAGAGUGGUGGACUAGGGAGUGGAUUUGGUGGUGGGAGUGGUUUUGGAGGAGGUGGCGGCGGCGGCGGUGGGGGAGGGGGUGGCGGCGGUGGUGGUGGAGGUUUUGGAGGUGGGGUAGGAUUUGGAGGAGGUCACGGAAUUGGUGGUGGAUUUGGUAAAGGUGGUGGCGUUGGUGGUGGAGUAGGAGGAGGCGCUGGUGGUGGCAGUGGAGUAGGAGGUGGCAUUGGAAAAGGUGGAGGACUAGGUGGCGGUUCUGGAGGUGGGUUUGGAAAAGGUGGAGGUCUAGGAGGUGGUGCUGGUGGCGGGUUUGGUAAAGGUGGUGGACUUGGUGGUGGUAUUGGAAAGGGUGGAGGCUUAGGUGGUGGUGCUGGUGGAGGUUUUGGAAAAGGUGGUGGACUUGGUGGUGGAAUUGGAAAAGGAGGAGGCUUAGGUGGCGGUGCUGGUGGAGGGUUUGGAAAAGGUGGUGGACUCGGUGGUGGAAUUGGAAAAGGUGGAGGCUUAGGUGGUGGUGCUGGUGGAGGCUAUGGAAAGGGAGGUGGACUCGGUGGUGGAAUUGGUAAAGGUGGAGGCUUAGGUGGUGGUGUCGGCGGAGGAUUUGGUAAAGGUGGUGGAAUUGGUAAGGGUGGAGGUCUUGGUGGCGGAGUAGGAGGUGGUGCUGGUGGAGGGUUUGGAAAGGGUGGCGGACUUGGUGGUGGCAUUGGAAAAGGUGGAGGUCUAGGUGGUGGAGUUGGAGGUGGUGCUGGUGGAGGGUUUGGAAAAGGUGGUGGCAUUGGCAAGGGUGGAGGACUUGGUGGUGGAAUUGGAAAAGGUGGUGGACUUGGUGGUGGUGCUGGUGGAGGGUUUGGGAAAGGUGGAGGACUUGGAGGUGGAAUUGGAAAAGGUGGAGGGCUCGGUGGUGGUACUGGCGGAGGGUUUGGCAAAGGUGGAGGGCUCGGUGGUGGUGCCGGUGGAGGGUUUGGCAAAGGUGGAGGACUUGGUGGUGGAAUUGGAAAAGGCGGAGGGCUCGGUGGUGGUGCCGGCGGAGGGUUUGGCAAAGGUGGAGGACUUGGUGGUGGUGGUGGUGCUGGAGGAGGGUUUGGUAAGGGUGGUGGAGUUGGAGGAGGGUUCGGUAAGGGCGGUGGAUUUGGUGGUGGAGUAGGAGGCGGUGCUGGUGGUGGUGGCGGCGGUGGCGGCGGCGGUGGAGGUGGAGGGGGUGGGUUUGGGAAUGGUGGAGGUUUUGGUGGUGGGUUUGGAAAAGGUUUUGGAGGAGGAAUAGGUGGUGGCUCAGGUAGUGGAUUUGGAGGCGGGGUUGGUGGUGGAGGAGGCUUUGGUGGCGGUGGCGGAUUUGGUGGAGGAGGAAUUGGACACCACUAAACUCUAUUUUGAAUUAAAAUUGCAUUUACUUAUAUUAAGAAUAUGAACUAUAUGUAUUAUUACCAAAUGAAAUUGUUUGCAUGCAUUAGAUUUACUUAAAUAUUUGUCAACCUUCCAUUCCACACAUGAAUAUUGUUUAUGGGUAUAAUUCUAGUCCUCAAUUUUCUCAUCUUCA